AGUAGGUUACAGCCGGUGCCCACAGAAACAGAACGCAGUGGUCGCUACGUGCGUAAAAGGAGUUGGAUACAUGUUUAUUAGGGCAAGUGUUUUCCUAUUUAAACCCUAAUUCAAGACUUAACCUUUUACAUAACAAGAAGCUGUUUCAGUAUGCUAGGAUCCUACAGGGAAACUAUUUGUAACAAUAAUGACUGAACGUCUCCAGCGUGGAAACAUAAGCUGGCAUCGCUGUGGAUAUGAGGCGCAUCUACGCUGGAAUGGAAUUGCUAUGAUAGCUUUGGAAUCACUGUUCAUUGCGACGGCCAGCAGCGCACAGGGCAAUUUGUAAUUGAUUAUUAGCCAAAUGGUUAACGAUGCUGUUUUGAAUGCGAAUAGGCCUACAAUUAGUUUCGCUAUCCGUGUUAUUAAUGACAAGAUGUGAGGGGAUUUUUUUUUGCUGACUCAAACUACGGCUCGAUAGAUACCAGCAUUCUCAUGUAGCCUAUGCGCAAUUUUACAGUUCUCAUUGUGCGCUCAUGUUUAGGAUAAUCAAACGCUGAAGCGCAUCUGCUCUGCUGGAAAUAAUAUAAGACUAUUUGACUGUGUCCAGUUUUUUGUCACUGGAUUGGUAAUAAUUCAACCCCGCAGGAUUAUCAUCCUGUUAAACAACUUGCACCUGAAGGUCGCCUGCGAUUUAAGAUGCUGGCGAUUAACUGGGCUUUAAUUUUAGCGCUCAUGCACUGCGGGACAGCCUCCAGGUGUGUAAACCACGCCUGCAGUCCUCCUCUGGGCAACCUGGCCGUUGGCCGGACCCUCACCACCACCCUCUCUGGCUGCUGUGGGAAUGGCUCCCACCUCCCAUGCCCCACACCCCUCCAGCCCUGUCCAAAGGACCUCCACCCGCCUGCACACAUGGUGGACGAUCCCUUUCUGCAUCCGGACACAUGGUGGGCCUCCGGCGUGGGCGCCGGGCAGGAAGAGGAGGUCCGUCUUGACCUGGAAACCUCUUUCUAUCUGACCCACGUGGUACUGCUGUUCCGCUCACCCAGGCCCGCCGCCAUGGCCGUGGAACGCUCGCGGGACUUCGGCCGGACGUGGGAGACACUCAAGCUUUUCGCGGACAACUGCAGUCGGGCGUUCGGUCUCCCGGACGACAUCAGUCAGCCCGGCUCGCCUUGCACGUCCCGGUACUCCAGCGCCAGGCCGUGCAGCGGGGGAGAGGUAAUACUCCGGACCCUGGCUCCUGGUCGAUCAGUCGACCCCUACAGUCCGGAGAGCAGCGUCCAGUUGACCAUCACUAACCUCCGCCUCAGACUUCUGAAGGCCCAGUCCUGCCCGUUAUCCACGGCCUCUUUUACCCCUUCCUCCCGGCCCGUCUCAGAGCCGCUUGGACCAGCUCCCUUCGCCAUUUACACUCUCAUGGCUGGAGGGACCUGUCUAUGUCACGGCCACGCAGAACACUGCUCGCCCCAUGGCGGUGGACCGGACACACCAGGCACGGUGCCGGUCCGGUGCGUGUGCACUCACCACACGGCAGGAGAGCACUGUGAGCGGUGUGAGCCCCUGUACAACGACUGGCCCUGGAGACCAGCCAAUGGCACCAGUGGGGAGCCACACCCGUGCCAGAAGUGUGAGUGUCACGGCCAUGCCGAGAGCUGCCACUUCUCCCAGAGGGCAUGGCUGUCAUCGAUGGCCACCCGUGGGGGUGAGUGCGACAACUGCCAACACAACACAGCAGGGCACAGGUGCCAGCGCUGUCGAUACGGGUUCCGCCGCCGCCCAACCAUGCCCCUCAACUCCCCCCACGUCUGCACACCUUGUUGGUGUGAUCCAGUGGGCUCAUUACCACCCAGCUCAGGUGAGAAGGGGUCAUGGUGUCACCCCAGGAGUGGGCAGUGCCCCUGCAGACCAGGUGUUGGGGGACUAAGCUGUAGCCACUGCCUCCCUGGGUACUGGGGCUUCGGGGAAGAGGGGUGCCUACGCUGUGCUUGUCCCCAGAACUGUAACCUAGACACAGGGCUCUGCCUGGACAGCUAUGCAAAUAACCAAGUUUUCAAUAUCCCCAUUGGUGGCAAGAUUCCCGACAUGGACCAUGUCUUGACCAAUGAGGGCGAGGCAGUGUGGUCGAAGGAACUUGCAGUCUCUGCCCUGCACUGGACAGGGAAAUGUAGCUGCAAGGAGAGGAAACUGAGGAGUGUUUCAGAUCUCUGCAAGACCAAACAUGCCUAUGUGAUCAAGGCCAGCGUAUUGGCGGCUCAUGACAAGGGGAGCCAUGCGGAGGUGCAGGUCAAAGUUCGCAAGGUGCUGCGGUCAGGAAAAGUACCCCUCUCCCAGGGCACCCACAACCUCUACCCCGUGUCCUGGACUACCCGGGGGUGCACCUGCCCCAUCCUAAAUCCAGGUGUGGAGUACCUAUUAGCGGGCCCAGAGGAGGCAGGAACCGGGCGGCUGCUGGUGACAAUGCAGAGUUUGGUGGUUUCCUGGACACCGCAACUGGGGGUCCACAUAUCACAGGGGUGCCCUUGAACACCCUCUCCACAGCAAUAACAGAACACUGAAAGAGAUGGGUUGGGGAAUUGGCCGUCCACUAGAUCAUUCAGGAAAUGGACUGAUACUAAGCGGAUUAAGACAGUGACUGAUAUGGAAUAUCUUGCCCGCAUGAAGACUAAAAUCCUGUAAAUUAAUGCGAAAAGGAUGGACUGGACCCUGGAAUAUUGGGAGAUUUACUCAAGUGUCACUCCCUGCACAUGGACAGAAGAAUCCCUCCGGAACAUGCUGAAUGCUUGGGUGGUUAUGGGAGAUCACAUCUCUGGCCCCCAACUACUGGACAGAUAAAACCGUGGUAUGAAACUUUGUGUUCGUCUUUUUACAAACAUAUCA